UUGGUUUUAAUCUAGAGAAGCUUCUAUACAAAGGUUUAACUCUGGGAUGAAAUGGAGGAGCAAGCGAGUCGUAGGCAAAAGGCAGUCUUGCCAAGUGUCAGAAAAGCCCCCGACGUCCUCCAGGCUGUGAUCAUCGGAGAAGAUCUGCAGAGACCACCGGGAGUUCAGAUCAAGGAGGAACCGAGCGAGGGGCAGUUGCAGCGCUGGGAAACCCAGUGGCAGGACUUCCUGAAGAGAGUGGAGGCUUCUCAGUUAGGCUGGGCUAUCCCGCCACUGCUGGAGGAGCCCACCCCCUGGGACGACGCCAAGGCCUUCUUCGCCUCCUUCGAGCAAGUGGCCCAAGCCUGCCGGUGGUCCAAGGAAGAGUGGGUGGCCCGACUCUUGCCGGCCCUCAGGGGAGAAGCUGAGCAGGCCUUUAGCAAGCUGGAGGCCGGAGACAGAGAGGAUUAUGGGAAAGUGAAGGCGGCCAUCUUGCAAAGGGACGCCAUCGGUAGAGAGAAACUGCGCCAACACUUCCGGGGCUUCUGCUACCAGGAGGCUGAAGGGCCCAGGGGGGCCUACAGCCGGCUCCAGGAGCUCUGUCGGCAGUGGCUGAAGGUGGAGAGGCACACCAAGGAGCAGAUCCUGGAGCUGCUGAUCCUGGAGCAGUUCCUGACCGUCCUUCCGCCGGAGAUCCAGAGCUGGGUGAGGGAGUGCGGCCCGGAGACCUGCUCCCAGGCGGUGGCCCUGGCCGAGGGGUUCCUCCUGAGGCAGCAGGAGGCCAAGAGAUGGGAAGAGCAGGAGCUGGCAAAGUUUGAGGAGGUGACGGUGUGCUCUGUAAAGGCCGAACCAUCUCCCUCCAGCCCUGUGGAGAUGAAGAAAACCAGGCAGGAUCUGGGUGCUGGGCUGCUGGGUUAUGUGCAGCUGAGCAAAGGUGGAGAGAAAAUUCUGGAAUAUUCUGAGCCUGAGGCGUUCCACAGGAGAGCAACUGCGACCGUUUCCCUGGCUGAGGAGGUGGGCAAAACAGGCCGGAGCCAACAUAGCCCAAAGAGGCAGCAAAGAAACCGCCAGAGGAAUUGGGCAGGAGGAUCCGUUCCUGGCGUGGCAGACGAGGCCCUUUGCGACCGCCUCUCCAGACCUCAAGAACAGCCCUGCGCCGUUCCAGAGGGAGGUUUCGGCGAAGACUCCAGGCUUGGCCAACUUGAAAGAAUCCAAAAUGGAGGGGGACAGGUAGGGGACGCCGGGGAGAGCCUCGUCCCCAGGGACCCUCUUCUGAGACCUGAGAAGUCGCGCAAGUGCUCUUACUGCGGGGAAGCCUUCUGCCAGAUCGCCCACGAGAGGUCCACACACUCCGAGAAGAAGCCCUUCCAGUGCUCGGCGUGUGCAAAGUGCUUCAGCCGCAACUCGCUGCUCCUCAAGCACGAGAGGACGCACGGCGGGGAGAAGCCGUACACUUGCUCCACAUGCGGGAAGAGCUUCGUGUACAGCUGGAACCUCAUUAAGCACAAGAAGAAGCACACGGGCGAGAAGCCCCACCAGUGCUCAGCGUGCGGGAAAACCUUCUUCGAGCGCUCGGACCUCGUGCGGCACGAGAGGACUCACACGGGAGAGAAGCCCUACAGGUGCUCCCACUGCUGGAGGCGAUUCAGCCAGCAGUGGCUCUUGAUCAAACACGAGAGAACCCACACGGCAUAGAAACCUCCACAGGGCGAGGAAAUGAUAUCUGGAGG